AUGAGGUCUUCGCUAUCGCUGAAUAUUGUGCGAGGGUGCAUACGACGCACGCCGCUGUCAGUCAGGAGCACGCAUGUGAUGCCUCGUCGUCCCUGCGCGUCUACCUCCGCAUUUUCACCUCUCUCCGUCACAGUCGCGGACGCGCCAAUUCUGCACCAUAGCGUUGGCUCUGCUCACAUGCAUGCCAGCUGCCUCCUGAGACAGCUCUUGAGCAAUCGGAUACCAUGUUCUCUGGAAGCGUUUGUAUCGUUGACAGAGGAGUGGUGGGGGCUAGUUGAUCGGCUGGUGCAAGUGCCGGUGGUCGCUUCCGAUGUGGGCCAGCUGCUGGUGGAGACCACGCACGCCGAAGAGUUUCAGCGUGAUCAUAGCCGGGCGGAGCUCGAAGAAAAGGUCAUUGCGCAAUGGGAAGAAUGGGUCUGGUCUAGUGUUCCUCGCACGGUACCCACCCCUGCCGCACUUGAGGCCGCUCGAAGUGACGAUACUCCGCCCCUUUCCCCUACCGACAUCCUCUCCUUCACGCAGUUUGCCGAUCUUCUGUACUCUUACGACCGUUAUCGCCGGGGCGUUCGCUGGGGUGCGUCCCGCAACGGUGGCGACUGGGUGUCGCAGGGAGGCGCUGCCGCCGCCGCUGCCUACUACCGCCGGCGCUACUUCCUCCACCCGUGGCACGGUAUGCACUGCCCUGUCGGCACGGCCCAGCAGAUGCCUUACGUGCAUCUUCUUCAGUGGAUGUUGGCGCGGAAGGGAAGCAGUGGAGAGGCGUCGCCAGCCGCGGCGGAGCUGUGGGAGCGUUACCGCGCCAUUGAACCUUUUCAGCCAUCCUCGUCUUCUUUCAAAGCCCUCGAUGUGUGCUGCCAGAGCGGCUAUGUGUUGGACUUGCUCAUCCGCGCUGGGGCCGGCGUCGUGGUGGCAGUCGACGCCGACCCUGCUGCACUCGCCAACACAGAAUCUACCUAUCAUGAAUAUAUCCGUGAAGGUGGAGGGAGACGCCGGAAUGCCGUGCUGUACACUUGCCGCUGUGAAGGGCUACCUCUCCCAACAGCGAUGCGGGCGGGCAAUAGCAGCAGCAACACCCCGUCUAUACCACAGAGAGGUGGUGCCGGUGCUAACGUUGGAGCUGAAGUGCAGUCGACGAGCGCAUCGGCGGCUGAGCGUCGGCGCCGGCGGGCCAGAGAAGAGGGACGCGGCUAUAGCGGAGUGACGUGGCUCAAAGAGGAGGGAUCUUCCUCCGGCGUCGAGAGCGCUGACGCGGCGGCUGCCACUGGUCCGUUCGAUGUGCUGUACAUUCAUCCCCCUACCGCAGUAUCCACCUGGCCGGUCGUAGCGGCGGAGCAGUUUAACCUGCGCAAAACGAUGUGGUGGCACAGGCUGACUCACAGUGCCGACGCUGAGGGGCUGGACGCGGGCCUUCUGCUUCCGUAUCUCCCGUGUUCGGCGGCACCAGCACUCACACGCCACAACCCUCUCGCCACGCGCUCCGGCCUUGAGCGGGCACUUGACGCGCUUCGUGCGGAUGUGACGGGGCGCAGCACUGCUCCGUCUCCGUCUGGUGACGAGGCACCGCGUGGCGGCGCCCUCCUCACCGAUGAAGGGUACGUAAUGUUCGUUCUGCCUCGAACACACGGCACUGACCUCCUGCGCCGAGAGAUGCCCGGAGAAUGUUCGUUGGCGGACUGGGUGGUGGCGCAGCUGGACGGUUACUACGAUCUGAUUCUCCGCCGGCGCUGCGGCACGUACGCUUCCCCCUCGACGAGCAACACCGCGCAGUCGUCGAAAGCGAUGGAGAGCACGCUGCUGGGUGUCUUCCGUGAUGUACAACGCAGAGUCGCGGGAGCUGCGAGUGACGUGUCAGUAAAGUGGGCCGCGGAGUUGCAGCGCAUUUCUCGGGAGGACAUGUGGCACGACGUGCUGGUGUUGCGCAAGAGCCGGACAAUGAGUCGUCGGUGUACCGCUUGGCGUACGGAGAGUUUGGGGCAGGAUCGGGCGGCCGCCACCAGCGCGGUGCAGUGGGAAGACUCGUUCGAGUACAACGAGUAUUGUCCGCGCGGGGCGGUUCCACACACAAGCCACCACUGGACCGCCCUGGUGCCCACCUACUCGUAUCUCGAAAAGGACUUCUACGAAUCUCCGAAUGCCGCGCAAAACUUCUUGGCGGUGGGUCACCCCGUCUCCGCCAACUCGGCAGUGCCUACCGGAUAUGACGUGCCUGGCAGCGCGACCCUGAGCGCCCCAGCAGCAAGGGAGCCCAAUCAAGCAACCGAUGGUGUCACAGAUGCUACGCAGUUGGCGUCUGCGAACUUUAACGCCGUCUUUUCACAGGAGCUGCGCACGCGGCGCCGCUCGAAGCUGCGCAAGUUGGCCCUGAGCCCACUACAGCGGCAGGAGUGGUAUAUCGAUGAGAAGCUGGUGAAGUCGAGUGCUGCCAAGCUAGAGCUGCUCAACGAACUCUCCAAGUGGGACCUGAAGGACUACGACAACUGA